AUGUGCGUUUACGAUAAGCAGCAAAGGAAUAAUUUACAUAUCCAAGUUUCAAUCACCAAAGAACGAGAAGGUAGAGUAAACGAAAUAGGUUUGAGCAGAUUAGGAAAAAAGUUUAAAAAGGAAGUGAGAAGCAGACAAGCUUGCAACGUUUGCGUGAGAAAUAGGGGAAAAAGUGAGGUAAAGAAGGGUGCCUACGGGGGGGGAAAAAAAAAUUAUAUUUACACAUAUCACCUAGAAACUCCACAUAUCAUGUCAACCACCUGCACCAAGAAUGAGCCUCGUGGCUUCCACCAUGACCCAUAUGGCACGCCCCUGCUUGAUCAAGGGAGCGAGGAGCGCAAGAAUAACGCCGCCCUGAACUUCUUCACGGCUGCCACCUACGCUGACGAGCACCAAAAGCAGGAACAAUACUCUUUAACAAACUUUGACACGUUAAGUUCUGUUGAUCAGAUGACUUCUACAGAAGGUGAAGGUGGCAUAUCCGAUAACGGAACGGUGGAAUCCAGCGGACCGUUUGUGGUGACACCAGUCCCUCAACCUACUUCUACAGUCGCCCUUGCCAUGGCGUCAUCAACUGUUAUUGCUGCAGCCGCCUCAGUGGUUCGUUACGCCUCUGUCGACUUUCGCUUCGGUAGCGCAUGGUUUGUGGCGCCGUUCCGUACUUCCGUUGGUGAGAUCGUUGUGGUAGAGUAUCCACAUAACGGCAGUCUCCAUGUUGGACUCGUAAGUUGCAUCACAACGACGAUCCCACCGACCUUCACAACACUGCGAGCAGCAGAGCAAGCGGGCCUUAUGCCUACCGAAGAGGAUCUCAUGCAAUACCCCCGUCUGGUGCGCCAUGCUCGUGAAUUCGACCGCCACACAAAGUUGGAGUUACGCACGCAUGAUCUCGCUUCACUCAGGUCUGCGCGCGAACUGGCUGAGGAAAUGGGAGCACCCAUCACAUUUAUCGAUGCUGAGUGGCUGUUGGAUCUGACAGCCGUAACGUUCCUGGUGCAGGUAUGGGGCAACAUGGAGCAAGUGGAUCGCCUAGCUGAUGAACUUGCCGCGCGCGAAGGAGCGGAGGUUGUGUUUACUUAUCCUGCAGUGAGGUAUGAGUAG